AUGGCGAAAGGUCCAACAUUCGGAAUUCGUUUUAUACAAAAGUUGCAUGCAACAUGCUGUCCAAAAUUAGCCGUCAACAAGGAAGUUGCGUACAGGACAAGUAUAUUGUUAUUGACAUACUUGAGUUACACAGCGUUUCAUGUUACACGAAAACCAAUAUCGGUUGUGAAAAAUGUGCUGCACAGGAAUUGUUCAGAAGUUACACCUGAUGGCAGUUUAUCAGCAGGCCAAAUGGCAAGUGAUCCACAUUGGUGCGAAUGGGCUCCUUUUGAUUCCCCAAAUAGUAAAGCACUUUUUGGAAUACUUGAUUCAUCAUUUCUAUUUGUGUACGCUUUUGCAAUGUUUUUUGCUGGUUUCGUUGCCGAAAGAGUCCGGUUAAGGUAUUUUCUUACCAUAGGAAUGAUUCUAACGGGAAUAUUCUGCUACUUAUUUGGGUUUGCUCGAACCAUCAAUAUGCAUCAACUAUGGUACUUCAUUGUCGUCCAAGUUUUUGCAGGGAUAGCUCAAUCUACCGGUUUUCCCAGCGUGGUGACUCUUGUUGGCCGAUGGUGCGGAAAAGCUAAACGAGGACUUAUUUUCGGAAUAUGGAAUUCACAUACGCCUAUAGGAAAUAUUUUAGGCACUCUGAUAGCUGCUCAUUACAUCGAAGGAGAUUGGUCUUUGUCAUUUUUAAUUCCCGGCGCCAUCACUUGCCUCGUAGCUAUUUUGAUUUUCAUAUUCUUGGUGGAUCACCCAGAAAACGUUGAUAUAGAAAUAGAUGCUGGUACUGAAGAGCAUGCAGAAGCCGAAGGACAUAAAGCAAUUAGUUUCUUAGGAGCCCUUCGUAUUUCUGGAGUCGUCGAAUACGCACUGACCUUGUUCUUCUCCAAACUGGUCAGCUAUACAUUUUUAUACUGGUUGCCGAAUUAUAUCCACAACUCGACCACUUUGGGCGCGAAGAAAAGCGCGGAUUUGUCAACCUUAUUCGAUGUAGGCGGAAUAGCAGGUGCUAUUUUGGCUGGAUUGAUUUCUGAUCUAUCUGGAAGAUCUGCUUUAACUUGUGCUGGCAUGUUGAUUAUAGCAGUUCCUACGAUGCUUGUUUACCAAAAAUGGGGUUCGAUUAAUAUAGCGAUGAACAUUGGAAUGCUGCUAUUGGCCGGAGCUUUGGUGAACGGACCAUAUGCCCUUAUCACCACAUCAGUUAGUGCUGAAUUGGGAGCUAAAACCAAGGGUGAUUCUAGUGCAUUAGCAACAAUAACUGCGAUAAUUGAUGGAACAGGAUCUUUUGGAGCGGCUGUAGGGCCACUUUUGGCAGGAGUCGUCAGCCAAGGAGGAUGGGAAAGAGUUUUCUAUAUGUUGGUGACAGCUGAUGUUUUGGCACUCUUGAUGCUCACUCGCUUGGUGAUAAAGGAAUUAAUCAAAUGGAAAAUAACCGUUUAG